ACAUAUUAUCCGAGAUUAUAUUAUACCGUCUUACAUACAGUUGAAACAAACAAAUCUAAUUCCAUAGUUCUAUAUAAAAUAAAAAGAUGAUGAAUGGCGAUGAUUCUUGUGGAGGUGUUAACUCUAUGGGACAAAUAAUGAAGCAAUUCAAUAAAGAUAGAUCACUUCAAAGAGAUCAAUUCACUGGAUCUUCUCAACAAAACGUUGGACCGUCAUCUAUGCGUACACAAAGGCAGCUAGGACCAGGUUUUUCUCAAGGAAGAGGAGAUAUGGUAAACGAGUUCUUUGGACAAGAGCAACAACAACCAAGAAUGAUACAUAAUAAUAAUUUUGAAUUUUCAGCGUUACAAAGAGAAUUGGAUACGAUUCGUCAAAUGGCACCAGAAAAAAGUUGGACAACUGAAUUCAAUCAUCAUCAUCAACAACAGGGACCAAAGAUUUGGGAGUUAACACCAGGAGAAGAAGCUGCAAUGGAAAAGGCAUUUAUGGAAAGCAGAGCUGCUGCAGGUCCAUCUCAGAGCAUAUCUGUUUGGAGAGAUGAAUUUAUGAAUCAUCCUGAAGUAACAAAUAUGAAUCCAGCACAACUUGCUGAAUUUGAAACUGCUUUUCAGAAACAUUUUGAUUGGGCUAAUGAAUUUGAUCUUCAACAAGAUAAUAAAAAGGGCAAACAACGUCUUGAUCUAAACACAUCUUGGGAAGAACAAUUUGCAUCAUUUGAUCAACUCUCAGAGGAAGAAAUGGCUCGUAAAGUAGAAGAGGCAGCUACUGCGCAAGAUCCUUCCUUUGAACAAUUUGAACAUGUAUGGCAAAAUAUUCGUGAUCAAAUGGCCGAGGAAGACAAUGAUUGGGAAGAUGAAUUUGGUAACUUUAAUAAUGGUGGGAAUGGUAUCUAUAAGCCUGAUCUAGGCGAAUAUGUCUUUGAAGUAAAUAAUCCAUAUAUGAAUCAUCCAGAUCCAAUGACUGAGGGGUUACGUUUAUUAGACUCAGGUGGCUCACUCAGUGAUGCUGCAAUGGCCUUUGAGGCUGUUGUACAAAAAGAUCCUCACUCUUCUGAGGCUUGGAUGCAUUUAGGUAAUGUUCAAGCUCAGAAUGAAAAGGAGGAACCUGCUAUUAGAGCAUUAGAGAAAGCAAUUGAGGUAGAUCAUGGAAAUUUACAAGCACUCAUGUCCUUGGCUGUUAGUUAUACAAAUGAGUCCUAUGAUCAUGCUGCGUAUCAAACAUUGGAGAAAUGGAUUACUCAAAAAUACCCUCAUCUAACAGGAGCUCCAUUACCUGAACCUGUAUCUCCAUUUGAACUCCAUGAUCGAGUGACAAAUUUAUUUUUGACAGCCGCCAGACAGGCCCCUGAAGGUCAAUUGAUGGAUCCCGAUGUUCAAGUAGGAUUAGGUGUUUUGUUUUAUGGUAGUGGAGAUCUUGAUAAAGCUAUUGAUUGCUUUGUUGCUGCAUUAAAAGGACGUCCUAAUGAUUAUUUAUUAUGGAAUCGUAUGGGAGCUACAUUAGCAAAUAAUGGACGUUCAGAAGAAGCAAUUGAUGCCUAUCAUAAGGCGCUUGAGUUACGUCCAUCAUUUGUACGUGCACGAUAUAAUAUUGGUGUUAGUUGUAUCAAUAUAGGAUGUUAUAAAGAGGCUGCAGAACAUAUUUUGACUGCUCUCUCCAUGCAUAAACGAGGAAAUGGAGAUUCGGAGGAAGGUGUAAAUGUUUCUAAUAAUUCAUGGGAAAUGCUACGAAAAGCUUUUAUUAUGAUGGAUCGUCGAGAUUUAGCGGAUAAAGCUAUCGUUGGAGCAGAUUUGAACCAAUUCCGCCCAGAAUUUGAAUUUUAAUUUGUAAUUUAUUUAUAUUUUUUUGUAUUCCUAUAUAUCUUCCUUUAGCAAAUAACCAAAAAAAAAAAAAAAGGAGGGGGCUAUACAUAAACUAUGGUAGACAAAACAAUAUAGUUUAUUCUGAUAAUAAUACUAUUUAUUGAAAAGGAACAUGUUUUAAUAUACAAGAGAAAAAAAUAAGCUUGUGAUAUUUUCUAUAAUGCAAGUGAUUUAUCGUUUCCAACAUAUUUUCCUGUAUAAUGAAUGUAAUUGAUAAAGUCACCUAAGCAUUUUCUAUAA